AUGAAAAAAUGGUGAGACAUAAUAAUCGUUUACCAGAGAAUCUUCCACAAUUACAAAAUCUUAUUAAACGAGAUCCUGAAUCUUAUAAGGAAGAAUUUCUUCAACAGUAUCAACAUUACAAAUCCACUUUGGAAGUUUUUUGUUUAACACCAAAUAAGUUUAAUAAAAAUCUUGAUGAAUCAGUCAUUUUUUUAGCACAGGUGGCUCAUUGUUAUCCAUAUGUGUUAGAAUCAUUUCCUCAAGAAAUUAUUGAUGUACUCAAAACAUAUAAUAUGGUACUUGAUAAUGAUAUGCGACUUACAUUUUGUAAAGUUUUAAUACAACUACGUAAUAAAUCUCUCUUAGAACCAACUGCACUUUUGAGUUUAUUUUUUGAACUUUUAAGAUGCCAAGAUAAAAAUUUAAGGCAAUUUCUUGAAACACAUAUUAUUACUGAUAUUAAAAAUGUGAAUUCUAAACAAAAAAAUGCAAAAAUUAAUACAACUUUACAAAAUUUUAUGUUUUCAAUGUUAAAAGAUUCUAAUGUAAAGGCUGCAAAAAUGUCUGCAGAUAUCAUGAUAAAAUUGUAUAACAAAAAUAUUUGGAAUGAUGCGAAAACGGUAAAUGUUCUAGCAACAGGUUGUUUUGUUAAAGCAACCAAAGUUAUGGUUACUUGCUUAAAAUUCUUUUUGGGAACAGAUUCAGAAAAACAGAUAAGUGAGGAAACUGACAGUGAUAAUGAAUCAAAUAUUAAGGAAAUUAUGAUGGCUAAUAGAGUAAAUAAAAAAACAAAAAAACGAAAUAAAGAAUUAACUAGAGCAAAACGAUUGUUAAUGAAAUCUAAAAAAAAAGAGAUGAAAGCACCGAGAUUUAAUUUUUCGGCAUUACAUUUAAUUCAUGAUCCACAGGAUUUUAUAGAAAAAUUAUUUAAACAAUUGGAAAAAAAUAAUGAUAGAUUUGAAAUUAAAUUAAUAACAUUGGAUGUAAUUUCAAGACUUAUUGGUUUGCAUAAUUUAUUUCUAUUAAAUUUUUAUCCUUAUUUACAAAGAUUUUUACAACCUCAUCAAAGAGAAGUAACAAAACUUUUACAAUUUAUCGCUCAAGCAUCUCAUGAACUUAUACCUCCUGAUAUAUUAGAACCAAUUUUGAAAACGUUAGCAAACAAUUUUAUUACAGAACGUAAUUCAGCAGAUGUCAUGGCCAUUGGAUUAAAUGCUAUUAGAGAAAUAUGUAUACGAUGUCCUUUAGUUAUGAAUGCAGAUUUAUUACAAGAUUUAGCGCGAUACAAAUAUUAUAAAGAACGAAGUGUAAUGAUGGCUGCACGUUCUUUGAUUGCUGUAUUCAGAAAUUCAAUACCUGAAUUAUUACAUAAAAAAGAUAGAGGACGUCCUAUAGAAGCAACUAUUACUUUAAAUAUUCCAAAAUAUGGUCAAAUGUGUACUAAUGAUUUUAUACCAGGAGCUGAAGUUUUAUUUGACAAUGAGAUUGACAAAGUUAAAGAAAUUUCAAAAAAUAAGAUUAAAGACAAUAUUAGAGAGGAUGAUUGGAUAAAUGUAAGUUAUAUCAAUGAUGAAAACUAUAACAAUGAUGAUAGUAACGAUGAUGAUGAUGAUGAUGAUAAUGAUGAUGAUGGUGAUGAUGGUGAUGAUGGUGAUGAUGAUGAUGGUGAUGAUGGUGAUGAUGGUGAUGAUGAUGAUGAUGGUGAUGAUGAUGAUGAUAACAACAGUGAUAUCGAUAAUGAUAAUGAUAAUGAUGUUUUUUAUAAUAAUGAUGAAUGUGGCAAUGAUAAUAAUGAAAAAAAAGAAAAGGAAAAGAAGUUGGAAGAAAAAGAGGAAAAAAAGAAAAGUAAUAUGAAUAAUAAAAAUGUUAUUGAUGUUAUGAAUGAAAACAAAGAUAUGGAAAAUAAAUUAUGUACAAAUAAUGAUAUAUAUAUAACUAAUAAUUUUAAAAUUAAUUAUACAGACAUAGAAAUUGAUAAUAUUAUGAAUCGAAAUCAACAAGAACAAUGUAAACUGUUAACGAAAUUUGAAAAAAAACAAUUAAAAACAGAAAAAAGAAAAAAUGCAAAAUUGAAAAAAAAAGAUAUCACAGCAGAAAAAAGAGAGAAGGCAGCUUUGAUAUCUAAUGAGCGACUAUUAAGUGAUGAAGAUUUUAAAAAAAUAGAUACUGCAUUAGCAAAACAACAAAUAACAUAUACUAGUUUAAAAAGACUUCAUUCUAGUGAAAGAGAACAUGGGGAUUUUGUUAAAUUGAUCGAUAUAGAAAAUAUUUAUAAAAAACGAAAACACGAUAAACAAACUCGGAUUGAAUCUGUGAAGAAAGGACAAGAAGGAAGAGAAAGAUUCGGUUAUAAAGAUGGACGACAAAAUCCACUUUGUAGUAAAACAAAUCGCGAAAAAAAAAAAACCAAAGCUUUUCAAAUGUUAAAGCAUAAAGUAAAAGGAAAAGUAAAACGUUCUUUUAAGGAAAAACAAAUUGCUUUGAGAAAUCAUUUAUUGAGACAACGAAAAAUGAAAUAAUAUAUAUUCAUAAAUAUUAUGUUGUAUGUAUAUAAAAAUAUAAAUAAAUAAAUAUAUAUAUAUAAUUAUUAUAUAUUAAUAUAUUUAUGGAAUUCUUUUGUGGGGACUCUAGAGAUUAAAAUAAAUACAAAAGAAGCUAUGUAAAAAUGUAAGUUAAGAUUUAUUUAUUAAGUUAAGUAAUUUAAUGUUGUGAAAUGAGAAGAAACGAAGUAUAAUGAUAAUAUAACGCAAAUAUUGUCAUAAGAUAUUGUUAAAAUAAUUUACUGAUUAAAUAAAAUCUGACUAUAAAUAUA